ACUACAAAGCUGCACUGCUGCUGAUUCCCAUUUUCCUCUGUCAUGAAAAACUAAGGAGACCAGAAGGGAACUGGACCUUCAGGAAGACUUUGCCAGAGUGUUGGAAAUCCCUGAAAAGUACUAUGAACAUCACUGAGUUCCGCAAGAGAGGAAAAGAGAUGGUGGACUACAUUGCACAUUACAUGGAGGAAAUCGAUAAAUUCCAGGUCUUUCCAGAGGUGCAACCAGGGUAUUUGAGAAAUCUCAUUCCAGACUCGGCCCCGCAAGAGCCAGAAACUUUUGAGGAUGUCAUGAGAGAUGUUGAUAGGGUAGUUAUGCCUGGGGUGACCCACUGGCACAGCCCCUACUUUUUUGCCUACUUCCCAACAGGCAGUUCCUAUCCAGCAAUGCUGGGAGACAUGCUCUCUGGGGCCAUUGGCUGUAUAGGCUUUUCUUGGGUUGCUAGUCCAGCUUGCACUGAACUGGAAACUGUGAUGUUGGAUUGGCUGGGGAAGAUGAUUAAUCUUCCAGAAGAGUUUUUAGCAGGGAAAGAUGGAGAAGGUGGUGGUGUGAUUCAGGGAAGUGCCAGUGAAGCCACACUGAUUACUCUGCUUGCUGCUAGGAUGAAAGCCAUUCGACACGUCUGCAUGAACAACCCAAAGCUGACAGAAGCAGCUGUCAUGGAAAAGCUGGUUGCAUAUGCUUCUGAUCAGUCCCAUUCAUCGGUGGAAAGGGCUGCAUUGAUUGGGGGAGUGAAGUUCAAGACCAUCCCAUCAGAUGAUAAAUUUGCUGUGCGUGGAGAAAUGCUGCAGAAGAUUCUGGACAAAGACAGGGCUGCAGGACUCAUCCCAUUUUUUUUUGUUGCUACCCUUGGAACUACUCCUUGCUGCUCCUUUGAUAAACUGGAAGAACUGGGUCCGAUCUGCAAUAGGGAGAAUAUUUGGAUGCACAUUGAUGCAGCGUAUGCAGGAAGUUCUUUCAUCUGCCCUGAAUUCCGACAUUUUCUGAACGGAGUAGAGUUUGCAGAUUCAUUUGACUUUAACCCUCACAAAUGGCUGCUUGUGAAUUUUGACUGCUCUACUCUGUGGGUGAAGAAGAGAGUGGAUUUAACAGGUGCCUUUAAAUUGGACCCUCUUUAUCUGCAGUACCAUCACCAAGAAUCUGGACUUGUCACCGAUUAUAGGCACUGGCAGAUCCCCCUAGGCCGAAGAUUCCGUUCUUUGAAAAUGUGGUUUGUGUUUAGGAUGUAUGGAGUAAAAGGUUUACAAGCGUACAUCCGCAAGCAUGUGAAGUUAGCACAUACAUUUGAAAACCUGGUGCUUCAGGAUGAUCGAUUUGAAAUCUGCGCUGAAGUCGUCCUGGGGCUGGUAUGCUUCCGGAUGAAGGGAUCCAACGCACUGAAUGAAGCACUUCUUGAAAGCAUUAACAAGGCCAAAAAAAUCCACUUAGUCCCCUGUCACCUCAGAGAUAAGUUUGUGCUACGUUUUGCCAUCUGUGCUAGCACUGUGGAAUGUGAUCACAUCCAAUAUGCUUGGAAGCACAUUACAGAACUGGCAACAGAGCUUCUGGAAGCAGAGAAACAACAGGAGAAGAACUAAUAGUGUCAGAGAGACGUUGAACAAGGAGAAGAACAAAAGGAAACUGUUCUUCUAGCAUCCAUCAUGGAAUUCCUACCCUGAAUUUAUUCAGAAACAUGUGAUCUUUCAAUUUCAUCCCUUCUCAGAAAUAGUGUUCUCUCUAAGAUGGAUUUUUCUCUCUAAGAUGGAUUUUUCCUUUGAGUUAGAUUUUGUCUUAAUUCAAAAGUUGUUCAUCAAAAGCUAAAUUAUUCAAGUGCCAAACUAUUCCGAUCAAUAUUAUUCUUUAAAUAUUUAAAUUAUAAUCACAAAUUGUGUCCCACGGUGACAAUUUCUGUGUAAAAUCAUAUUUUUUCAUUGUUUCUAAAUUAAUUUGAUGUGAAGAAACCAUUUAAAAAUUAUCCUGGGCAAA